AUUCAAUAAUUUAUCUCACCAACAUUCUCCAUCCAUACAUUGCUAAUGUAACACACCGUGGACGUGCUCUCAGAACAGACCAAAUGAUAUGCGUUGCUCUCCGUUUCUUUGCCAACGGGAGUUUCCUAUACAACAUUGGCAAUGCAGAACAUCUUGGAAAAGCAACAGUCUGCCGAGCCAUAAGAAAAGUGGCCCUGGCACUGAAAGGCCUACUGCAGACCUACGUAGUCUUUCCUGGGCACAAACCUCUAAGGACCAUCAAAGAGGAAUUUCACAUGAUUUCAGGAUUUCCCAAUGUGAUUGGCUGCAUUGAUGGCACCCACAUCCCCAUCAUAGCUCCAUCCAUUAAUGAAGGAGACUAUGUGAAUAGGAAGUCAUUCCACAGCAUUAAUGUGCAGAUUAUAUGUGAUGCAGCACAUUUGAUCUCAAAUGUGGAGGCCAAAUGGCCUGGCUCGGUACAUGACUCAAGGAUAUAUCGCGAGUCUACCCUGAGCAACAGAGUUGCAAAUGGAGAGUUUCAUGGCCACCUGCUUGGUGACAGAGGGUACCCAUGCCAGCCCACUCUGAUGACCCCUUACCAUGACCCUGAGCCGGGCCCUCAGCAGUGGUACAAUGUGGCCCACUGCAGGACUAGAGCCCGGGUGGAGAUGACCAUAGGCAUUCUCAAAGCCCGGUUCCAGUGCCUACGUAGACUGAGGGUAAAACCAGAGAGGGCAUGUGAUAUUAUUGUGGCAUGUGUUGUUCUUCAUAAUAUUGCCACUAUUAGAGGAGAGCAACACCCUGCCGUACAAAACGACCCUGAGGAUGACCAUCCCCUCCAACCUGCAGAUGUCCAAAAUGGGAGAGAAGUCAGAGACAUACUGUGCCGCACACACUUCCAGCAACCCUGA